AGCGAUCGUCAUGACGACGGAGGACGCCGCACGGCCGAGGCAGCAGCAUGGCUACCUACAGACCCGGGGUGCUCAUCGGCAACUGGAACGAGGACUCGUGUCUGGGGGAGGACCUCUUGAGGGAUUUUCUUCAUAAAAGAGAACGAGGAGAACUUCUAACACAGAGAAUAAACAGGCUUCAAGACAACCUUUUAAGGAAGAUACACCUGUCAGUGUCUGAGGAUGGAUUUGUUCAUUUUGGAGACACAGUGAUGCUUUUGAAUAGUGACGACAAACCCUCGGUGGAGAAUCCCUGUGGUGUGUGUGGCAGUCUGACCUUGGCAGUUAAUCUGGAUGAACUGUCCAUAUUUUCACCUCUACCAUUGCAAACCCUUCAUGGAGUUAGUGCAAUCAAGAGUGUGGUCCCUGUGGGUAGAAAUACUUUCUGUAUUUUAAGUGUAGAUGGAAGUGCACUGGGUGAACCAGUUAAAUAUGGGCAAGUCUUUGGUCUUGGGACAACAGGAGGGUUUUCUGGCCACAUGUUGUAUCUAGCAAGUGACCAUAAAUCAUUUGUAAGAUUUGCUAAAAAAUCUUACCUUCAGCAAGUUUUUUUGACAGAUGAGCUUUCUUAUUUGACCCGCUGGCAAGCUGCCUUCUUGGAUCCACAGCUGCGUCUUGAACAUGAAGGAUUUCCAGUUCCUGCAAACUCCAAAAUUAUUAUUACCCAUUGCCAAACUAAUCGCAGCUUGGCUGUUCCAAGGAACUUUUGGACAAGGUCUUAUUUUGGAAGAGAGUAUGAAGUAAUUUGUCACACUUUUCUGGACACCCAUAAAGCUGAAGAAGAUAAGAAUUACUGGGAAAUAAUUACAGGAGAUCCCAGUGAUGAGGAUAGUACAAUGAUUGAUAGGCGCAACCGUCCACUAGGGUGGAUCAGAAAGAAUGAGUCUUGUGAAGAGAGAGAAUAAAAAAAAUCCUAGCCUACAGCCAACAGAGGUCAGUGAGAUUCUGACUCUUGGGUUUCCUGUUCAGAUUCUAGAGAUGCUUGUUUUAAAAAUGGAAAUGAAAGUCUACUGUAAGUAAUAUUGCACAAUCUCAUCAUGGUUAUACAGUGGGCAAAAACUAACAGAAUUUUAUGAAUCAUGCAGAAUGUUAAAAAUUCAUGAACCAGGAAGGGUUCAUUUUCCCAUUUUCCCAUUCAUUGAUGGCAAAAAAUGUCAAAAUCAAGGAAAUCUAAUACAUUUGCACUAAACUACUGGCUUUCAGAGGGUACUAAACCAAUUCUUCCAAAACCAAACCAGUGUCACUCUUUUUAAAAUGAGUGUACAGUUUCCAGAACGCUGAAAACAAAACUCAUGAACUGUCAUUGGAUACUUUGACAUUUAAAGUUCAUCUGAAAGAAAGUUGGUUGUUGAGCUUGUUCCACACUCUGCCUAGCACAAUGUUGUGAAUUAUUGAAAAAUCACAAAUGAGCUGUCUCUAUCUCAAGACUGGCUUCCAAUUUAUGGAAAUGAACUUAAAAAGUGUAUAAAUUGAUUUAUGUUUGGCCAUGUAUUCUAAACAUUUAAAUGCCGACUGAUCAAGAACUUGAGCACAGUGAUACAGACUAGAGACUUCUGUCAGCUUUUUCCAACCACCACCAUUUUCCAUUUGCCUCCCACCCACAGAAUUUUUCAAUUCAUAAUCACUUCUACCAAGUUUGACAGCAAGGUAAAAUUGUUAAAAUAAGCCCCAACAAUUCUCAUGAAAAUAUAUGUUAAAGUAGAAAAAGAAUAAGAGAGACUGUAAGUUUAUCCAGUCAGAAAAAGAUUGCUAUCUGUGUUCAUAUGUAAUUAGACACUGGAGAAUCCGCAUAAAAAAAAUGGCCCAAUAAUGGUAAAUUGCAGCUGGAACUCAUGUUUUUUUUUUUUUUUCUAACAAGAAUAUCAACCAAGCAUGAGAUGCAAAGACAUGGAAAACAGAUGUCAUAGUUACCUGCCUUUAUAUGGAAGCUGAAACAGCAUCACAGAGAAACUUAAUGCAUGACAUUCCAUUAUAUCCAUUUAGUAAAGCCACAUGCAUACAUAUUCCAUUUCUUACUGUACCACAAGAGUGGGCUCUUUCAGCACAAAGGAAGUGAAUUUCUGAGUAAAAUACUACUUAAAUCUCAAAACAGAUUCAAAAAGCCAUCUAUGUUCAUAAAGAUCAAAUAAACCUUUAAGUAUUACCAACACGAAACCACUAAACUUUCACAAAAGAAGGGACUGGUCCAAACAUGUCUCAAAGCUUUAUUCCCAGAUAGGCUGUUUGAAACCCACUGACAAGGCUUCAAAAUCUCUUGCCUUUGUUCAGUAUAAAGUAAAUCAGCAGACUGUGGGAUGGGCUAACUAGCACUUGGCAUAGAGGGUCUCAGAGCAGGACAUGCAGGUUCGCUUUGGGGGAGUGUAUCACAGAAGACAGGUUUCCAAUCACAAUCCUUGUGUGCAAACCUCCACAGGUCUGUUAUAGAUGGGGUAUUAUUGAGGAAAUUAUCUUUAGGAACUUUUUCUUUCACUUUCUAUGUAAAUAUGUGAAAUCUGACAUGUAACUAAUUAUGCAUGUUUUUAUAGACACUGUUACUACUCCAAUUUAUAGAGAU